AUGGAUUUCUUGAAUUUCUCCGAGGUGGCGGACGAGUGGAAUACCACAUACACCAACUCCUCCUCGGUUACCGGGGACACUGAGUACUCUCUCCUCUCCAUAACGGGACUGGCUGUAGUCGUUGGCUUUCUCAUCCUGUUUACCAUAGUGGGCAACGUUCUGGUGGUCAUCGCCGUUUUGACCAGCCGCGCUCUCAAACCGCCACAGAACCUCUUUCUGGUGUCUCUCGCCAGCGCGGACAUCCUGGUGGCUACUCUCGUCAUGCCCUUCUCUUUAGCCAACGAACUCAUGGGCUACUGGUUCUUCGGGAAAGUUUGGUGCGACAUCUACUUGGCGUUGGACGUCCUCUUCUGUACGUCGUCUAUAGUUCACCUGUGCGCUAUCAGCCUCGAUCGUUACUGGUCGAUCACCCAGGCGAUAGAAUACAACCAGAAGCGGACUCCCAAACGGCUGAAGGGGAUGAUCGUCGUGGUGUGGCUGAUCUCGGCUGUUAUUUCCUUUCCGCCGUUGAUCUCCAUGGACAGGAGCAGCGGUGGGGACAUCCGUCCUCAGUGUCGGCUGAAUGAUGAGACCUGGUAUAUCCUCUACUCCAGUAUAGGGUCCUUUUUCGCUCCCUGCGUUAUCAUGAUACUAGUCUACAUCAGGUGAGUUGAGUUCCCCCCUUUACUUAUACCCACCCAUGCAGUUCACUACUAAGGCUACGUCUGAAAUGGUACCCUAUUCCCCUAUGUACCUAGUGUGUGUCUGAAAUUGUACCCUAUUUCCCUAUGUAGUACACUACCUAGUGUGUGGUGCUAAAUGGCUCAAGUGUAAAUGAUGAUUCUUCUUCUGAUCAGGAUCUACCAGGUUGCUAAGACGAGGACGCGGACCAUGUCGGAGAAGAAGAGAGAGGUGGAGGACAACGGAACGGCCCCGUUAGACGUUAACGGGUUGGAGCAGGGGGGCGAGGAGGGGGGCAGAGGGUCUCUGAAGGAGAACGGUGGGGGCGGAGGGGUUGCCCGGGAGAACGGGCACUGCCAGCGCCAGCAGAAGACGCCGGUACCACCGGGGCUGUUACCCAACGAGCCCAAAUCAACCCCCGACCCAGACGAUGCAGACGACUUUGACGACAGCAGCUCGUCGGACGAAAAACCCCAAAAAUGUCCCCCUUCCUCCUCCUCUUCCCAACAUCAUCAUCAUCAUCACCACCACCACCAUCACCAUGAUGACAAGAAGGACUCCAAACCCUCAGAGAUCAGGAAGUCCACAGGAAGCAGGAAGAGCAGCUUGGCUUCGUCCAAACCCUCAGAGAUCAGGAAGUCCACAGGAAGCAGGAAGAGCAGCUUGGCUUCGUCCAAACCCUCAGAGAGCAGGAAGUCCACAGGAAGCAGGAAGUCGCGCUCCAGCUCUAGGUCCAUGGAGAUGUUCUCGUCCAGUAGGAAGCGGCGGAGCACCGUAAACAGGAAGACGAUAACGGCAGCGAGGGAGAAGAGGUUUACCUUCGUCCUGGCGGUGGUGAUGGGCGUCUUCGUGGUCUGCUGGUUCCCCUUCUUCUUUAGCUACAGGUAUUCUACUGGUUUCUACUGUGUUUCUACCGGUUUCUACUGGUUUCUACUGUUUUCUACUGUUUCUACAGUGUUUCUACUGGUUUCUACAGUGUUUCUACUGGUUUCUACUGGUUUCUACUGGUUUCUACUGUUUAUACUGGUUUCUACUGGUUUCUACUGGUUUCUACUGUUUCUACAGUGUUUCUACUGGUUUCUACCGGUUUCUACUGGUUUCUACUGGUUUCUACUGGUUUCUACUGGUUUCUAUAGUGUUUCUACUGGUUUCUUCUGGUUUCUACUGGUUUCUACUGUUUCUACAGUGUUUCUACUGGUUUCUACUGGUUUCUAUAGUGUUUCUACUGGUUUCUACUGGUUUCUACUGGUUUCUACUGGUUUCUACUGUUUCUACAGUGUUUCUACUGGUUUCUACCGGUUUCUACUGGUUUCUACAGUGUUUCUACUGGUUUCUACUAUUUCUACGGCGUGUCUACUGGUUUCUACCAGUUUCUACUGUUUCUACUAUGUUUCUACUGGUUUCUACUGGUUUCUACUGGUUUCUACUAUGUAUUCUACACAGUAAUACUGUAAUACAUAGUAUUCCAUAGCUCCACAGUUAUGUAACAUCUUUCCCCAUCAGGUAAGAGGGGCAGACACCACUGAGACAGCUAUUUCUCUUAUAUUGCUUGUUGUUUACUUUGAGCUUUUAGCUUCUUCAGUCAUUUGAUUGUUUUUUUACUGUAAGGUCAGUGUGUUGAGAUUUCACUUUAAGGUUGUGUCCAAAAUGUCACCCCAUGGCCCCUCUAGUAGGUCACUAUGUAGAGAACAGGGUGGUGGCAUUUGGGACAACAACUAAAUACUUUGAUUUGUUUUAAUUGGACUACAGCCAAGUGGUAGCCAACUGUUAGAUUGAUUGAUUGAUUGAUUGAUUGGAUUGAUUGAUUAAUUAAUGGAUUGUAUUUGAUCUGCCUGCAGCCUGUAUGGAGUGUGCCGGGCGCCGUGUGAGAUCCCUGAGACUCUCUUUAAGUUCUUCUUCUGGAUAGGCUAUGUUAACAGCUCCCUCAACCCCGUCAUCUACACCAUCUUCAAUCAGGACUUCAGACGAGCCUUCCAGAAGAUUCUAGUCUGCAAGUCAGGGAAGAGGUCUUUCUGA